AGCGCGUUUUCAGCCUCAGUCGUCCGGGACUGCGAGGAGCAUCGUUGCAGAGGAUCCAACAUGGCCGUCGACGACAGCGGAAUUACCUCAGCCAACCCAGGUCGAUGGAGCUUGGGUCAGAAGGAUCGUCGAGGGCCCAACUUGGAUCGAGCUUUGGAUUGGCCUUUGAGCAAAGAAGAGAAGAGACAUUGUUUGAUUCGCAUUUGCCAGAUGGAGCUGCAGGAGUCGGAGGAACACAUGGAUGAACAGCAGGAUGAGAUUGAGGAGCUUCAGCACGAAGUGAAGGUGCUUCGACGCCAAAGCCUGGGCUCACAAUCCACCGCCGCCAGCGUCUCCCCACGCUCUGAGGAAUCGGGCCUUGUGGAGGGUCUUGCAGUCAAACCCAGCGCUCCAAGUGGCACGGUAGACCCGGUUCAACAGGAAGCUCCUGAGGCGGCAGAGAGUCCGCGGCCAGAGAGGCCGCCGUCUAACCGAGAGGAAGCCCUGCGGCUAUCGCUGGUGGCAUAUUUGCACGAGAGGAGUCGUUUAAGCUUGGAGACUCAUGCGAAGAAGUCCCCGAGCGAAAUCGCCCAAUUCUAUGGUGACUCUGAGGGUCAUGUGGCGGACCUGUGGAACUCCAUCCGUGAGAAGGACCGGCUCUCGCACUUCGAGGCGUUGAUUUGGUUGAUGCGAUCCUCGCCAGCAGAACGCCUGCAGAUGGACCCAGCCAAAAGGGCCAGGCAGUGGCGUUCCGUGCUGCUCCGCCCGGACCCGGCGCGCACGCGCCAGGGCUACAAUGAGCUACGUUCCCGUGCUUUGAUGGCUGACCAGGCCAAGGAGCUCCGCUCUGAGCUGCAGUCGGAGUUGAAGGUCGCCUGGAAAGGAGAGGCCUUUAUGUGUACAGAGAACUUGUCCGAUGCGAUUGCCUCCGUGGCGCAAACCAUCAGCGCUCCCAAGGGGCGCCUCUUCCGCGGCGCCGUGCAGAUCGCCGCACUGCUGAUCUUCGGCUUGUUACCGGACAGCGAGUCCUUGGAAGAAGCAGAGACAGAUGCCUUUUGGUGUUUUUUCCAGCUCUUGACUGAGAUGAAGGCGGGUGAUGACGAGCAGACCAGAACCUUCCGUGCACGUCGAGUUCACGAGCUGCUGAAAGCCUAUGAUCCGGAUCUGGUGGAGGUCUUGGAUCAUCAGGGCUUGAUGGUCUUUGUCGCCACCCGCUUGGGCGAAGCCUUCUGCACGCGCAGUGGCUUGCCUUUGGAGAGCUGUGCUCAGCUUUGGGAUGCCGUCCUUGCAGAUUCUCAGGGAUUUGCCUUUUGUGACUACGUGGUAUGCGCCUUGCUGCUGCUGAGGCGUCAGGAGCUCUUGCGCCUCAAGUCCGACGCCGAGGCCUUGGCCGAGGCCUUGUUGGCACUCCCUCGAUCCGUGCCCUUGGACCGGGCGCUGCGCCUGGGAUCCUCGUUGCGCGCGCUGGAGCAGCAGAAGGUUUUGCGCAUGGUCAAGGCACAGGAACUCUACGAACGGCGAUUGAAAACCUUGGAGGCUGCAGCCAGAGCAACCAUGUCGGAUGACAAUGGGAUGAUCAAAGCCUUGGGCAGCUUUUGGAGCGGCAUCCGAGAACGGGGCGCAAAUGCCCUUGAGGUCGGCCGCUCGGUAGCCCGCUGUGCCUGGCCACGAGCGCAGGCAGCAGAGGAAGAGAAGCCUCCAGUGGAAGAGGAGCUGAAACCCUUAAGGCGCCGUCUCAAUGAAGAGACGAAAGAUGACUGAGCCAAGAUGAAGAUGGCUGUGAAUUGUGCAGGAGGGAGGUGGCCCAUGAUUGGCCUUGGGGCGUGCUGCCCGAUUGUAGUUUUUUGGAACCAAUCGUGUUGGUCGCUGGUCGUUGAGGUCUCUUUGAGGUUUUUCAGGCCCGUUGAUGUCCC